GCCCGCCGCCGCCGCCGAGGAGCAAGCAGCCGCGCGCCGCCGCCCGCGCCCCGAGCAGCCCCGCGCCGCCCGCCCGCCGCGCCGCGCCCCCCGCCCCGCCGCUGGAUGCCGGCGGCCGGCGGCCCAGCUCUCAGAGGCGGAGGGCGGCGGCGCGGGCGGCGGCGGCGGCGCGGGCGGCCGGCGGCCGAGAGGCAGGAGCGCGGGCCCGCGCGCUAGCGCCGCCAUGCCCAGCUCCCCGGGCCAGCCCGACGGCGGCGGGGGCGCGGGCGGCGGCGGGGUCGGGGCGGCGGCCGGCGGGGACCCCAGCCCGGGCCCCCCGCCGCCGCCCCCACCCCCCGAGGGCGCCGAGGAGGCCGCGCCCGCGCCCCCGCCGCCCGAGCCCGACGACGCGGCCGCCGCGCUGCGCCUGGCGCUGGACCAGCUCUCGGCGCUCGGGCUGGGGGGCGCGGGCGGCCCGGACGAGGAGGGGGCGGCCGCGGGCGGCGGGGACGGCGCGGCGGCGGCGGCGGGGGGUGCGGACGGCGGGGCGGCGGCCGAGCCCGCGCCCCCCGACGGGCAGGAGACGGGCGCGCCCGUGGUGGCCGUGGCCCCGGGCCCGCUGCCGCUGCUGGAGCCCGACGUGAGCCCCCCGCCGCCGCCGCCGCCCCGGCCGUCGCCGCCCGACGUGUUCGCGGGCUUCGCGCCCCACCCCGCGGGCCUGGGCCCCCCGACGCUGCUGGCCGAGCAGAUGAGCGUGAUCGGCAGCCGCAAGAAGAGCGUGAACAUGACCGAGUGCGUGCCGGUGCCCAGCUCCGAGCACGUCGCCGAGAUCGUGGGCCGCCAGGGGUGCAAGAUCAAGGCUCUGCGCGCCAAGACGAACACGUACAUCAAGACGCCGGUGCGCGGGGAGGAGCCGGUGUUCAUUGUGACGGGCCGGAAGGAGGAUGUGGAGAUGGCCAAGCGCGAGAUCCUGUCGGCCGCCGAGCACUUCUCCGUCAUCCGCGCCACGCGCAGCAAGGCCGGCGGGCUGCCCGGCUCCGCGCAGGGCCCGCCCAACCUGCCGGGACAGACCACCAUCCAGGUGCGCGUGCCCUACCGCGUGGUGGGGCUCGUGGUGGGGCCCAAGGGCGCCACCAUCAAGCGCAUCCAGCAGCGGACGCACACGUACAUCGUGACGCCCGGGCGCGACAAGGAGCCGGUGUUCGCCGUGACGGGCAUGCCCGAGAACGUGGACCGGGCGCGCGAGGAGAUCGAGGCGCACAUCACGCUGCGCACGGGCGCCUUCACCGACGCGGGCCCCGACAGCGACUUCCAUGCCAAUGGCACCGACGUCUGCCUGGACCUGCUCGGCGCAGCCGCUGGCCUCUGGGCCAAAGCCCCCAACCCGGGCCGGCGGCCCCCCGCGCCCACGGCCGGCCUCCGCGGGGACGGCGCCCUGGGCGCUCCGGGGGGCCCCGAGGCCUUCUACGCGGGCAGCCGCGGGGGGCCGCCGGUGCCGGACGCGGGCCCUUCCAGCCCCUACGGCGGAUCCGGCAACGGGGGCUUCACCUUCGGCGGGGACGGCCCGGGGGCCCCCACGGGGCCGCCCGCCCCCGAGGACUGCGACUUCGGCUUCGACUUCCUGGCGCUGGACCUGACCGUGCCCGCCGCGGCCACCAUCUGGGCCCCCUUUGAGCGCACCGCGCCCCUGCCUGCCUUCAGCGGCUGCUCGGCCGUCAACGGGGCCCCCGGGCCGCCCGCCCCAGGCGCCCGGCGCAGCAGUGGGGCCGGCACCCCGCGCCACUCGCCCACGCUGCCCGAGCCCGGCGGCCUGGGCCUGGAGCUCCCGCUGGCCCGGCGCGCCGCCCCCGACCCGGUGGGCGCCCUGCCCUGGCGGGCCCCGCAGAGCGCACUGUCAUCCUUCUCCGGCAGCGCCGGCUUCUCCACGGCCACCUCGCUGCCCAGCGGCUCCCCAGCCGCCGCCUGCGCCCCCCUGGACUCGGGCGCCUCCGAAAGCAGCCGCAAGGCCUCGGCCGCGCUGUCCGCGCCCCCCGCCCCGGCCGCCCCCGGCGCCCCGGCCCUGGCGCGCGAGUGCGUGGUGUGCGCCGAGGGCGAGGUGAUGGCCGCGCUGGUGCCCUGUGGCCACAACCUCUUCUGCAUGGACUGCGCCGUCCGCAUCUGCGGCAAGAGCGAGCCCGAGUGUCCGGCCUGCCGCACGCCCGCCACCCAGGCCAUUCAUAUCUUUUCCUAGCGGGUCACUUGGGCCACCCGGGCCGUCCGCGGGCGCCGGGGGUGCGCAUGCGCGCGCGCUCCGGGAGGGCGCCGGGGGCGCGGGAGGAAAGGGGCGCGGGGCGGAGGUCCGGGGGGCGGCGGGCAGCGUGGCCAGUGUUUACAGACGAGCUUUAACUCCGGUCCCAGGCGUGGAGACGGCGGCCCAGCGGCACCUCAGUUCUUAACAAAUAGCAGUAUUGAGUCGAUAGGUUCAAAUAAACCCGAGAGAAAUGGUCUGCUUGCACUUUUUAUUUAAGACGCCCCUCUCCAGGGCGAUCUUUUUAAGAAAAAAAACAAAAACGAUUUUUACAACUCCCGGUUGUCUUUUUGUACGUGGCGGGAUUCUGAUGUGACGGUCGGUUCCCGCGCGGUGGCAGCCCCGUAGGAACCUCCCCAGGGGGAGGGUGACGUUUUUACUCCCUUGUUGGGGCUGACUUGGGUUCCCCUUUUGUAACGUCAGCCGCGCGGGCCGGAGGGGGGCGGGGGGCGAGGGGCGUCCCAACCAGAAAUUUCUAACUUUUUUUUUUUUCUUUAAUUAUUAAUCCCUUCUGCUGUGGUUCUUGUCAAAUUUUUAAAUUUUUUUAAAUUGUUUUUUUUUUAAACUUUUACUUUUUACCUCUUGUGUAUAUGUAGGGAAUUUUUAGGGAAAUAUGUACUUUAUGGAAUAAAUUUUAAGAACUAAAAUAUAUUUUAUUUUAAAUAAAGUAAGGGACCUUUAAACUUACACAGCUAAAUUACUGAUUAUAUAUUUGCUGAGCUGACUUAAGGGUUCAGAAAUUGUAUCAAGAGUUUUAUUUUUUGACUUCAAAGCCUUCUUAAUAAAGUCUUUUUACUACAUGUGA